AUCAGUCUCUCACCUGAGGAAGACAGACACACAUACACACACCUGUCUAAUCAACCAUGUCUUUUAAGGUGGCUACAGUGGCGGUGGUGAUGGUGGUGGUCAGCGUGGUCACAGCCUUCCCUUCAGAUCCAUACGGACAUCCACAGACGUACAAGGAGGACCCCAUUCCCUACAGCUUCCAGUACGGCGUGAAGGAUGACUACGCUGGCACUGACUUCGGACAGAAUGAGGAAUCUGAUGGUAGCAAGACAGCGGGGUCCUACCAGGUGGUCCUUCCCGACGGCAGGAUUCAGACGGUGAACUACGUCGCGGACCACUACAACGGGUACCAGGCUGAGGUGAACUACAAGGGCGAGGCGCAGUACCCUCACGAAUACGGUCCAGCAGUUACCUUUAAGCCCACUGCAUCUUACGGUACAGGAGGAUACCAGUAACCACCCCUCACCCCCCUAAUACCAGUACACCCACGCCCCCCAUGAUUAACCAGUACACGGCCCCCCACCCCCUCUUAGAAUAAUUCCGCAGUGCCCAGGUAUUUGUUAGUCUCGAUUCGAAUAUUUUUUUUCCUUCAAAAUUUUCCUCCUUUUUUUUCCCGAUUCCCAGUUUAAGUUUCCCGUUUUCUAUUUUUUUUUUUUUGGUUUAGUGCCCCUCCGUCCUCCACCCCCUUCUCUUUCUCUAUUUCUUCUUCUUCUUCUUCUUCUUCUUCUUCCUUCUCCUCCUCCCCAGUGACUACAAAUGACAAGUCCCAUUUUCUCCCAGCUCUCAUAUCUCGUUUUCUAUUUGUUGUGUCUAGUUUAGUGCCCCCUUGACAG